AUGAUGUCACUGUGGAGUAUAACAAGAUGAAGAUGUACUAUGAGAAACUGAUGGGUUGCUCUAGUACAGUACAAUUCACUCCAAGACUGGAUUUGCACAUAAAAACUACCGCUUUUGAGUCGCAGUCUGAGAAUGGAAGGAAGCGUGUGCAGGUGUCAACAAGUGUAACCAUGUUAAAACCUGAGAUUGUCAAAGAUCUUACAACACAUAACCACAACCCUACUUAUAGGCUCCAAUCCCCCAAGGCAGGUCUUUUCCAGUGCAGUUCCACUGGACUGGUGUUUCUGAUGGAAGGGAAGGGAGGUGUGGUUUACAAGGUGACUCAAUGGGACAGCAGCCUCCUGGGCUCCAGGAUACCAGCAGGACCCCUAUUCAGCAUUGACUGUCCUGAGCAGUCUGUCCGCCAACUGCAUCUCCCACACUGUAUGUGUGAUGAGAAGGAUGACAAUUUGUCCGUGGCCCAUGUUACUGAUGGAAACAUGGAGAUUGUUCAGCCACUCAAGACGACUGCUACACACGUGAUUGUAAACAUCACACACCUCUCCCUCUUUGGCCUCGUCAGGGAUGUGUUCUCCUUGCUCCCGGUCCGAAGCCAGGUGCUGCUGUUCCUCCGACCACAAGGGAACAGACACCAGAAGCGCAAACUGAGUGUUAUGUUGUUGCCCAAUAAUGUGCCACUUUGUGAGGUGGAAUAUCAACAGAAGGGGAGUACUUUCAUUCAAACCAGCUCCAACUGCACAUUGACUCCUAGAGGAAAAUAUGGUCUCUGCUGUGAGCUGGUGGCAAAUUCUACCAUACAGCCAAAAAGUGGGCAGUUUGACUAUGACUAUAGCACGAACUUCCACCCCACAUUUGAGGUGUUUUUGGACUGCAUGUCGGGUGCAGAGAACAUCAGACUGAGUCUUUUAGACAGAGGAAGUAACGACCAAAGAGUGUGGGAGUAUCUAGUUCCAACAGGUUUCGAACCACCUCAAGUCAACCCGAUCAACCCGAAUCCAGGUGCUGAGGCUGAACUGAACCAGCUCUCGGGUGAAGCGUUUGUGGAUAAGCAUAUGGCUGCUCUCAUUCAGAGGGUCAUGAUGGUGCUGCCUCUAGCAGAUGACCUGUUUACUGAGAAAAUGAUCCAACAGGAAAUGUACACAACAAUCCGCUGUGCUAAAACCAGUCAGGACCAAAUGAGACUGAUGUUGGAUGCUGUACGAUCAGGAGGAACAAGAGUGAAAUCUGCCUUCUACAAAGCUCUCCUUAACCAUGAUCCUCAUCUUGUCCAGGACCUGGCAGCAGCUUCCCUCUGAUGAAUGUGAUGGCCUGGGUUGGUCCUCGACCUCUGGACAAAGGGCAGCAAGCGGUCCCUCUUCCAGAGCAGGAUGUCACAAUACUACAGUCACUAUGAUCCUAAUCUGCAUUGGAGUGUUGGGAGAUAUGACUGACAGCAGGAAGUCCAUGAUGAUUUAAAGUGAAAGCUUCUUGUGAAAUCUAUAGUCUGUUAAUGUAGUUUGUUAGACUGGAAAUCCAUUGUGUUUGUGCUAACAUUCCACUCCUUGCCACUCCUUGUCAUGUCAAACAGUCUGGCUGUAUGGCAUGACAAGAACCGCCUGAUGUGGAUGUCCUGUAGGCAUGGAAACUUGCCCUCAGUGAUGGACUGUGCAGCCUUCACCACCCUCUGUAGAGCCUUGUGGUGGAGGGCGGUGCAGCUGCCGUUCCAGGCGGGGAUGCAGCCAGUCAGUAUGCAGCUCAAUGGUGCAGUACAUCUGCAGAAGCUGGUGAGGAUCUGAAGGGCCAUGCCAGGUUUUUCAGCCGCCUGAGGAAGAACAUAAAUGCUCCACCGUUCCCACAAUGAGUGGAAUGUUAUCACAAACACAACAGAUUUAUUCAUGCUAGUAGUGUGUCCUAUUGUUUACAAAUAUUUUUAACCAUGUUCAUUUUUAAAUGUCUUGUGUCUUCGUCGUUAGAUUGGGUGGUGCAUUUUCACAUUUUUCUCAUUUACUUGUAUUAAUGUGGUGAUUAUAAAUUACUCUUUUAAUGUUGAAAUGUUGACUUAAUACCAUUCAUUUUCUACAAAUGUGUUGAACUAUAAGGGUGCAGAGUCAUGUUAUUAAUAGUCACAUUGUAUGUUUCUGACUGGCUACUCUGUUCUCUGGUGGUACUGUAGCCUACACAGGCCCAGCCACCACAGAGAUAGAAGGAAAAUACAUAUCCUAGAGGAAAAACUUUAAACUUGUGAUGGUCCAAUUGUUGCUGUUUACCAACGUUUCCAUUCUAUUUCUCUGAAAUGUUGCCUUCCUCUACUUUGGAAUAGCAAGCCUCCGUUGAAACGGUGUAGUCAGAACAAUAUACGCAAUGUUGGGUGUUUUUCCUGAUUUCCUAUUUCAUUGUUCUAAAUGUUCAUAUCUUAUCACAAAGUCCUUUAUUACACAGAUGUUUACUAAGUAUGUCUGCUAUUGAAUGGAUGCAUAUUAGUUGAGCUACUACAGUUAUUCUGAUCUUUUUAUUUUAGUAUACUAAUCAUGUGUUGAUGGUUUAUUUGAAUUAAUUCAAAGGAUUGAUGUGUCUAUUGUUUUAUGGUUGACUUUUUAAACCUUUUGUGUAAUAUUGGUUAAUUGUUUUAUACAUGUUUUUAUGCAGAAACACAAUAUCUGGAUAUGUUUCUUUCCAAAUGACCAUUUAACCAACAUGUGUAAAUGUGAUGUUGUUAUAACCUACCAUAGGUUAUAUUUUUUUAUAUAAUUUUCUAUUUUGUCUAUUUUUGAGUAUUGUCAAAUGAUUCCCUGCCAUGUCCAUUGUGCGGAAAGGGGAUGUUUGAAAAUCAUGUCCUCUUGUGGGUUUAUUUCUCAAUAAAUAAUGACUAUAAAUA